UUCUAUAAAUUAUUGAUUUUUUUGUUUCAUAAUUCCAAUUAGGGACAAUCUGUAAGCAAAUAUAUUUUUGUUUAUCUUUUAUUCAACGUUUUCAUUGCAAAUGUAAUUAAUAAACGUGAAGGUAACGUUGACCGCGAUCUAAACUGAAUCGUAAGUCACGUUGCUAGCAUCGUGAUUGCAUUGCAUCGAUCUCUUUUUACAAAACGUUUUACGCGUUAACACUCUCUCCUUCUAUGCACGUUUUUCCCGUUUUUCGGCAGUGACGAUCAUCAGUUCCUCAAAUACCUUCUCCAGUGACAAUCGGCCUAAGUGUUUUACCUAUUUCGAAAAAUUUUUAAUACAAAUUUUCUCAAAAUGCCCCCCAACCAUUAAAAUUGGACGCAUAUAACAGAGACAUCGUUAUAGACAAUUUAUGGAAUUUAAAGGUAAAAAUAUGGAAUCAAAAUCGGUAACUAACAGUAAUGCAAAAAUCUCCGAUUCUGGAUACUCGAAUAGUUGCAGUAAUACAAAUUCGCAAAGAAGCGCCAGUUCGAAAUCUAUACACAGCGGAAGUAAUUCGAGCAGGAGCAGCGGGUACUGCGGAGCUACCAAUCCAGAUGGAAGCGUGGAUACUGGUCCGCAACCACCGAAACGUAGCAAGGAACAUAAAAAGAAAAAAGCAAAAGCGAGUAUGGUUUCAUCUCUUACUACCAUCGCCGGAUCUACUCUAAUGCUUGCUCCUAGCACUAAUUCCACUCAGGAUAAUAUGAAGGAAAUUGCGCCAGAGCCUCUUAUAGGAAUCGAUGUGGCUCUACCUUUAACUGCACCCGAAGAUCCAAUCGAUAACGAAACCAUCAAUAAAACCGACUCUGACAUUAAGUCCUGCCCUGAUAUAUUACAAACAGAUAUUGUUACAGUUAAUACAACGCCACCCUGUACGACGUUUCACAGCGACCCGGCUAUCAACGUCAAUAAAAGUGCCGAAGAAAAAGAAAAUCUACAACCGGAAGUUGAAGUUAAACCGGAAAAUAAAACUAAAUCUAAUAAAGUUUAUACGUACCGACCCGAGGACGGUUUUUGUUGCGUUAUAUCUAUGUACGACGGUGUGGUAUUAUACACGACGCCCAGUUUGACUACAGUACUGGGUUUUCCAAAAGAUAUGUGGUUGGGAAGGUCUUUUAUUGAUUUCGUCCAUCCCAAAGACAGAGAGACCUUUUCUAGUCAAGUUACUACCGGUGUCGCUAUACCUCUGGUCAAUUCGGAAGGGAAAUACAAAGAUUACAAGAAUUGCCUAUACGUAUGCCUCAGGAGAUAUAGGGGAUUGAAAUCAUCGGGAUUCGGUGUUGUUGAUAAGGCAGUUUCCUAUCAAGCUUUCCAAUUAACCGUGAAAUUCAAACAUUUUUCCGACGCUUCGGAAACAAAAACUUUGGAAAUUAACAGCGGUAUGUUCCUGGUCGUAGCGGCCGUACCAGUUUAUUCUUCGUAUAAAGUGCCAGAAGAAAAACGAGUUUCACCAAAAUUUGGUAUGAGACAUACCGCAUCUUGUAUAUUUAGCCACGUGGAUCCGGAUGUGGUAACAAAUUUCGGUUUCUUACCGCAAGAUAUGUUAGGAAGAUCGAUUUUCGAUUUUUAUCAUCCGGAAGAUAUGCCUUUUCUCAAAGAAAUAUACGAAUCUGUGAUGAGAAUGUGCCAAAUAAAUGGAUCAGUAUAUCGAAGUAAACCUUAUAGAUUCGCAGUACAAAACGGCACGUUCGCGAAAGUCGAGACGGAAUGGUCGAGUUUCAUCAACCCUUGGUCCAGAAGUUUGGAAUUUGUUAUAGGAUUUCAUAGAGUUAUAGAGGGACCAAUCAAUCCCGAUAUUUUCGAGCCGCCACAAAUCGAAAUAACGAAAUUGGUAUCAGAAGAAGUUGUUAAACAAAGCAAAAUUAUCAAAGGAGAAAUUUUACUAUUAUUAAAUAAGGAAUUGCCUCGGCCCAACGAGGCGGUAAAACACGAGGUAUCCAGGCGAUGUAAACACCUCGCGAAUUUUAUGGAAUCUCUCAUGGACGAAGUGAAAAAAACGAAUUUAGAAUUAGACUUACCACAAGAAAUUGAUCCUACCAUCUCGGUAAGUUUGAAAAAAAUGGAACGCGACUCUGUUAUGUUGGGUGAAAUAUCACCGUAUCACGAUUACUGCGAUAGUAAAUCGUCUUCCGAAACGCCCCCUAGCUACAAUCAACUGAAUUACAAUGAGAAUUUACAGAGGUUCUUCCAAAGUAAACCCAUAACUACGGUUUCCGAGGAAAGCGGCAAUGGCGUACAAAAAGAUAUAGACGUCGAAGUCAAAGUUUCACAAGAAAAUGAACGGAAAUGUCUUUCUUCAAUACAAAACAGUGGUACUUCUCGAAGCGACAGCGCUGGAAAUUUGAGUUCCGUCAGUAAUCCAAAUAUUGAAAGCGGGACCAUCAAUACCAACACGUCUAACGGAGAUUCUUAUAUAUCGCCCUUGUUAACGGAAUCUCUACUCGUCAAACAUAAUGAAGAUAUGGAGAAGAUAAUGCUUAAAAGACACCGCGAACACAGAUCCACCAUUAAGGAUAACAAAAAAGUACAUAACAAAAACAAUCUCGAAGACAGGAACGUUUCGGAUAAAAACGAACAGUUUUGUCCGGAGUACGCGCACGGCGUCAAACGCAGCGGCACCUAUUCCCAAGAAGGAGAAAAUCACAAGAUUUCGAAACACAAACACCAAUCUUGCGGCGCGACGAAUUAUAAAGAAGAACCGACGGCGGCGUCUCCCGUAAAACCGAUAAAUAUUCAAUCUCAACAAACCACAACGACUCUAUUUUGCACCGAACAGCCGAUGUACCAAUCGGGGUUGAACGAUAUUAAUCUAUGGCCGCCUUUUUCCGUCACCGUUACCACCAACACUCAUACGAAUGCGGCGAAUACCGCGCUUGAAAAUCCCGCAAUUCCGGCGAGUUUGAGCACCGGCGUGUACCCCCUGUAUUAUAUUCCGACCGCGCAUCAAAGGACGAUACCGGGACAUUUUAAUGACACUAUUUUACAUGGAUCUCGAUAUCAAGUUCAAUACAUGCCCGCCAAUAUGAUCUACAAUUACAACAACGCCCUCUAUCCGACGUCGCCUUUUAUAUGUCCCACCGUUCCAAUGGUACCUUUACCGAUGGUACCGCCUCCUAUAAAUUCAAUAAAUCCGACGGCUGACGUUCGACCCCUUAACCAGAUGCAAUCCUUGAACGGUAUAACGAAUCCGGGUUGCGUACCCGUCGUUUCUGAACACAAACCUAACAUGUCGAGCACUCCGCUCCCCACCCAUACUCCGCACACUCCGCAACAAUUCCAAAGACCGGCGUCCCAAGCUACUUCCGUUAAAGCGGAACCCGGAAGCGUCAUGGGGUCCAUAGCUUCCGCCAGCGGUGCCAAUAAAGCUUUAUCAGAAUGUUCCCGUAAGGAUUUAUGGUUACAAUCGCCGUUAGUUAGUCCGCCAGAUGGCGAGACGGAGCUAUAUGUACAAAACAAGAUAAGUGAACCAGCAGUAAUAAACCAACCUACACAAUUUAGAAAUAACAUCGUCAAUAAUACCGACGAAUCCAGCAGUUGCUAUUCAUCUUCUUAUUGGUCGUUUUUAAAAACCGACGGUGGAUCUGGAUCGAAUGACGAUUCCAACGUUACAGAAAAUAAAUCGAAUAAAUACGAAGAAAAUACGUGGAGAGGACGUAAAAAUUGUCCAAUCAGAAAAAAAGAACCUCCAUGGUUAGAAUCGGUGGAUGUAUCUCCGGAUUUAGUAUACAGAUACCAAAUGGUAUUUAGAGAUUUGGAAGAUAUACUCGAAGCGGAUUUAAAUUGCCUUAAGGAAAUUAGUCAGCCCGUAUUAGUUAACGAUCAACUUAAUCAGCUAUACAUAGAUAUGGAAUUAGAAGGGCUAUCAAAGAAAUUGGCAUUAGAUGAAGGAAUUACUUCUAGUAGUAGUAGCGACGAAAAUUUUAUUAAUAUAUCCAAGUCUAAGAAAAAAAGAAAAUCCUACAAUUCUUUGAUGAUGAUUUAUGAAGAAAACGCCCCGUUACCUUCGCCUGUGAAACGUUAUAACUGAGAUUGUCUCACAUUUUUUUAUAUUAAAAAAAUUGUACACAAAAAAUGAUUUAUCAAUUCAUAACUAUACAAUUAAUAGAUGUAAUAAAGGUUAUACAUAUAUUUUUUACGAAAUUUAUAAAUUCUAUUCUAUUUUCAGCGUAAUUUAAUCAAAAACACAUUAUUAAUAGAAUGUUUGUAUUAGAUUUUCAACUAUUUAUAUAAAAUAAAUUUGACGUUUACAUUU